GUAGCAUCCACAUUCCCGUCAAUAUCGCGACGCAUACCAGGCCUGCGCGUCCCCGGCAUCGUGUUUUUCAUCGGAAAGCACUUCGGUACCGGCGUCAUACUUGCCACAGCUUUCGCGCAUCUGCUGCAGGACUCGUUUGAGGCGCUCAUGGACCCUGUCGUCCGCAAGAGAUGGCCCGGCGUUGCAAAAUGG